AUGACAAGGACAAUAAUCAACCUAUCCAUCUUCACUCUCCUAUCUCUUUCAGCGCCAGCGCUUGCCUUGAACACAGCCUGUUACAAUGACCUGGGCAAUCUGACUCCCUCGCAUUCGACAGAAUACCAAUCCGUGGCUCUCUGUCAGCAAUUCUGCAACCAAGAGAGCAAGCCUGUUUAUGGUGUGCAAGACCAGAAAUGUUUCUGUGGAGAUACUCUUCCUCCACUCUCUGCUAAGGUUGAGAAUACGGAAUGUAAGACGAGAUGUCCUGGGUAUCCGGUUGAAUACUGCGGCGGCCAAAAAACCUACACAAUCGGCUCCACCACGAAAUCCCAGCGCCGCGCCAUAUCCGCAACCACAAACACUGAAACAGACAAAGACACCGAAAGAGAAACAGAAGCCAACGGCAUCUUAACCGCCCCCGACGUCGACGAAGGCGACUCCGACCCCCUGGCCUCACUCAGCGUGAACCCAACCAUGGUGAAGACAGCCAGUAACGGCCCUUCUACUCCUACCGGCACUGAUACUCCCAAGAGUAUACUGACUGCUCCUUCGGGGACUGCGUACCCCAAUCAGCCGGAUGUUGUUACCAGCCCUUCUUCGACCUUGGCUACUGCGGUGCCGACGGGGAGUGCGAAGGCUUCGGCGUCGGCUUCGGUGUCAGCGUCGGCGUCUGUGAGUGGGGGGGCUACGCCGUCGGCGAGUGUGGUUAGUGGUGGUGCUUCUUCUGUGAUUUCUUCUUCUUCUGCUGGAUGGGGGGCGGUUGUUGGGCUUGUUGUUGGUUUGGUGGGGCUUGGGGGUGUGUUUUAA